CGAUCACCUCAAACAAGCUCCAUGAGCUUACCCGCUUCAUUCGCAGCUCGAACAUUACCAUCACAUAUAGUCACAAUGCCAUCAAACGUAAACACACGCCUAACAGGAGCAGCCGGUCACAAGUAUAGCGUAAUCUUACCAACCUACAAUGAACGUAAAAAUCUUCCGGUAAUCUUAUACCUACUCUGUACAACAUUUGAACAACAUCAAAUCGAUUAUGAAAUCAUUAUUGUUGAUGAUGCCUCUCCUGAUGGAACACAAGAAAUUGCAAAACAAUGCGCAAAAGUUUGGGGUGAAAAUCAUAUCGUACUUAGACCAAGAGCGGGAAAACUUGGUUUAGGAACGGCUUAUGUACAUGGACUGGAAUCAUGUACAGGUGAUUUUGUCAUCAUUAUGGACGCUGACUUUUCACAUCAUCCUAAGCAUAUACCCGACAUGAUCCGCAUGCAGACCGAACAAGGAGUAGAUAUCGUUCAGGGAACUCGUUACAGCGGUAUUUCAACAGGAGCGGGUGUGUUUGGAUGGAACUUGAAAAGGAAGUUGGUAUCUCGGGGUGCGAACCUGUUGGCUUCUUUUGUAUUAGGACCACGAACGACAGAUGUAACGGGAUCUUUCAGGUGAGUGGUGCGACUAAGGCUAUCACCUCUAUGCAUAUACUGACAUAGUCCUCUACUACAGAUUGUACAAGAAGGAUGUGAUUGAUAAACUUAUGAGACAAGCCACUUCGAAAGGAUAUGUGUUCCAGAUGGAAAUCCUCGUUCGUGCUCGUGCUCUGGGUUAUUCGAUCGCUGAAUGUCCAAUCGUGUUUGUCGAU